CUCCGCUCUAUCUCGCGCCGUGAGAGUGCGGGGCCGGUGCGCAUGCGCGUCGCCUGCUCUCCCGCGGGGUCUGCUGGGCACCAGGGACAUCUGUGGCGAAACCAAGAGGAGAGCGCCGCCGGGGACAUGUGGCGGCCGAUACGACUAUGUCACUUCCACUCCGCUCUGCUGCAGAACAGACAGAAGCCCUGGCCAUGUCCUGCCAUUUUCUUCACGAGGAACUUCAAGAGCUCACUGGCAAGGACCUCAAGGACCAGGCUGCUGUGGCGGAGGGCGCUCUCUGUCACUGUGGUGGGGGUGCCCUUGCUCCUCGGAGCCCGCUAUCUCAGUGCGGAAGCCCAGGAAAAGAGGAAGCUGCGACUUGCCAUAGAUGGUAUCGGGCGCUUCAGCAGGUCUUUGAAGGUCGGUCUGCUCAUCUCCCUGGACUAUUGGUGGUGUACAAAUGUUCUCCUACGAGGAGUGGAGGAGAACAGCCCGAGGUAUGUGGAGGUGAUGUCUUCAUGUCACCAGCGUGCGGCUGACGCCCUGGUGGCAGGAGCCAUCCGCAAUGGGGGCCUCUAUGUGAAACUGGGCCAAGGACUGUGCUCCUUCAACCACCUGCUGCCAUCCGAGUACAUCCAGACGCUGCGUGUGCUGGAGGACAGGGCUCUCACUCGGGGCUUCCGAGAGGUGGAUGAGCUGUUCCUUGAAGACUUCCAGGCACUGCCUACUGAACUCUUCCAGGAGUUUGAGUAUGAGCCGAUGGCUGCUGCAAGCCUAGCUCAGGUGCACCGUGCCAAGCUACAUGAUGGUACUGCUGUGGCCGUGAAGGUACAGUACAUCGACCUACGAGACCGCUUUGAUGGGGACGUGCACACCCUGGAACUCCUGCUGCAGCUCGUGGAGCUCAUGCACCCCAGCUUUGGCUUCAGCUGGGUCCUACAGGACCUGAAGGGGACCCUGUCCCAGGAGCUGGACUUCGAGAAUGAGGGCCGAAAUGCUGAGCGCUGUGCUCAGGAGCUUAAGCACUUCCGUUAUAUCGUUGUCCCUCGGGUGCACUGGGACAAGUCCAGCAAGCGGGUGCUGACAGCUGACUUCUGUGAGGGCUGUAAAGUGAAUGACAUGGAGGCCAUCAAGAGACAGGGACUGGCGGUGCAGGACGUAGCAAAGAAGCUGAUUCAGGCUUUUGCUGAACAGAUAUUCUACACUGGCUUCAUUCACUCUGACCCCCACCCUGGAAAUGUUCUGGUGCGGAAAGGUCCAGAUGGAAAAGCAGAGCUGGUAAUCCUGGACCAUGGUCUCUACCAGUUCCUGGAUGAGAAGCCUUCCUGCAGGGACCGGUCCUCCCUGUGCCAGCUGUGGCGGGCCAUCAUCCUGAGGGACAAUGCCGCAAUGAAGACACACGCAGCUGCUCUUGGGGUGCAAGACUACAUGCUGUUCUCUGAGGUGCUCAUGCAGCGACCUGUGCGCCUGGGCCAGCUGUGGGGCUCCCACCUGAUGAGCCGUGAGGAGGCGGUCUACAUGCAGGACAUGGCUCGCGAACACUUUGAAGGCAUAAUGGAAGUACUCAAGGCGCUGCCACGGCCCAUGCUGCUUGUGCUGCGAAACAUCAACACAGUGCGUGCCAUCAACUCAGCGUUGGGCACCCCUGUUGACCGCUACUUCCUCAUGGCCAAGAGCGCUGUCUGGGGUUGGAGCCGCCUGGUGGGCGCGGCAUACCAGGGCAUUUACAGCAGCAGCCUCGUGCGCCACAUCAAGGUCAUCUGGGAGUCAUUCAAGUUUGAAGUGGUCCUGAGGCUGGAGACCCUUGCCAUGCGGCUCACCGCCCUCCUGUUUCGUGUUCUGGCCCGCCUGGGUUUUGUCCCCAAAGCUGAGGAAGUCUACCAGUACCUGGAGAUGUAGGUGCCUGAGCCAGAAGGACUGCAAGGCUGCCAGGGGCCAGCAGAUCUUCCAGCCUGGGCACACUGAGCAGGCCCCAGUGUACACACCUUACAACCCAGGACCUGGAAUGGGGAAUACACUAUGGGGCUCUUAAACACAAUGACCACA